AUGAGGAGCAAAGAUUGGUUUGGUUUGGUUUGGUUUUUUCUUGGGGCAGGAGCAAAGGUGUCACUUGGAUACCAGGAGGCUUUUGAAGUUUUUAAGCGGGACCACGCUGACAAGAUAACCAUUGAGGACAACAAACAGCUUCUGAAACAGAGGUUUCUAGAAGCAAAAUGCCUUGGAGAAAAAUUGAAUGGAGUGAGAAACAAAAUAAACCAUCUGAAAGGAGAGAUAACUCAGAGGCGCAUUCAGAGGGCAGCUCUAGGUAAGACUGUUUCCAGUCCUUCUGUAGAGCUAAAUACAUUUGAUCCAGUAGAAGAGAAACUUCGAAUGCAAAUUGAAGAAGAAAAAAGAAGCUAUAAAACAAUGUUCAAUCGUUUGAAAGUGCUGAAGGUAGAGAUUGAGCACCUGCAGCUUCUUAUGGUAAAAGUCAAGAUGAAGAUGCAAAAAGACUUUGAAGUCUGGUGGUCUGAAGAGGAAAUAAAUCUACAGCAGGAAAAGCCAGAGAUGGUUAACUCACCAAAUACCAUGACUGUUUAUCCUCAGUUUAUCAAAUACUCACGUCUAUCAGCUAACAGGAAAGACACUGAGUUUCUGGAGCGUGUCCAAAGAAGGGCAAUGAAGUUGGCAAAGGAUCUAGAGGACAGGUCUUAUGAGGAGUGGCUGAAGGAUCUGGCUUUGUUUAGCCUGGAGAAAAGGAGGCUGAGUUCUUCAGAGACCACAAGAUGCAGCCCUAACGAAGAUCCAUCUGGGGAAAACAAUUCAAUUACUUCUAGUAACCCUACUUUAAACACAAGGACCUCACCGAUUUCAAGUACACCUAUUCCUCUGACUGGAGAUAGCCACGCUGAUGCUGACAUCCUAGCUUUCUUUAAAGCAAGACAGAACAUCCUGCAAAAGAAAGGCUUGGGGAACAAAUGA